AUGGGGAGACUCCGCCAAGAACAUCCUGUCGUCGCACUGCACCACUGUCAUGAUGGGAAUAAUGAGGUCCAGAAGUUCCUUCCAAGCACGCAGACAAGAACCAAGCUCUGGAGUUUGCAGCAGGCUGAUGCCUUCAGCAGUGGUAAGGAGGUGUGGGGGCAGCGAGGGCAGACGAGGCAGGGCGAAGAGACAGACAGGCGAAACCUUGAAAGGGGACAGCGUCUCUGCAUCUUCCAGGACGAACAGUCUGAGCUGGCGCUCCUUAAUGAGUGCAAAACCCUAGUGCUACUGGGCUGCCUGGCAGGCUUGGGAGCCCUGGCGCUGCUGCUGCUGUGGGCAGACUGGUGUGACACUGCCACAAGGAGUGGAGCAACGGCUGUGGUGCAGGCAGCUUACUGCGCCCCUAAAAAGGAGAAGGUGGCGAUAAAGCGGAUCAACCUCGAGAAAUGUCAGACGAGCAUGGAUGAGCUCCUGAAAGAAAUUCAAGCCAUGAGUCAGUGCCAUCACCCCAACAUCGUGUCCUACUACACGUCGUUCGUGGUGAAAGACGAGCUGUGGCUAGUCAUGAAGCUGCUCAGUGGAGGUUCUGUUCUGGAUAUUAUUAAGCACAUUGUGGCAAAGGGCGAACAUAAAAGUGGGGUCCUCGACGAACCUACCAUUGCUACAAUACUCCGGGAAGUACUAGAAGGGCUGGAAUACCUGCACAAAAACGGACAGAUUCACAGAGAUGUGAAAGCUGGAAACAUUCUUCUUGGAGAAGAUGGCUCAGUGCAGAUCGCAGACUUCGGGGUCAGUGCCUUUUUGGCGACGGGUGGUGAUAUUACCCGGAAUAAAGUGAGGAAGACCUUCGUUGGCACUCCUUGCUGGAUGGCACCUGAGGUCAUGGAGCAGGUUCGAGGUUAUGAUUUCAAGGCUGAUAUCUGGAGCUUUGGGAUCACAGCGAUUGAACUGGCCACAGGAGCAGCUCCGUACCAUAAGUACCCGCCAAUGAAGGUGUUAAUGCUGACACUGCAGAACGAUCCUCCUUCUUUGGAAACCGGUGUUCAAGAUAAAGAAAUGCUGAAAAAAUACGGAAAAUCAUUUAGGAAAAUGAUUUCAUUGUGCCUUCAAAAAGAUCCAGAGAAAAGACCAACAGCAGCGGAACUGUUAAGGCACAAAUUUUUCCAGAAAGCAAAGAAUAAAGAAUUUCUUCAAGAAAAAAUACUGCAGAGAGCGCCAACCAUUUCUGAAAGAGCUAAAAAGGUUCGGAGAGUACCGGGUUCCAGUGGCCGCCUUCAUAAGACGGAGGACGGCGGCUGGGAGUGGAGCGAUGAUGAAUUUGAUGAAGAAAGCGAGGAAGGGAAAGCAGCAAUUUCACAACUCAGGUCUCCCCGAGUGAAAGAACCAUUGUCAAAUUCGGAGCUCUUUCCAACAACUGAUCCCGUGGGUACUCUGCUCCAAAUUCCAGAACAGAUUUCUGCUCAUCUACCUCAGCCGGCCGGGCAGAUGCCUGCACAGCCAGCUCAAGUCUCUCUCCCAGCCUCCACAGAGCCAGCAAAGGCAGCUCAGGCUUUGUCUUCAGGAGCAGGUUCACAAGAAACCAAGAUCCCGAUCAGUCUAGUACUAAGAUUAAGGAAUUCCAAAAAAGAACUAAAUGAUAUCCGAUUUGAAUUUACUCCUGGGAGAGAUACGGCGGAGGGCGUCUCUCAGGAACUCAUUUCUGCCGGCCUGGUCGACGGAAGGGACUUAGUAAUAGUGGCAGCUAACUUGCAGAAAAUUGUGGAAGAACCUCAGUCAAAUCGAUCUGUCACUUUCAAACUGGCAUCUGGUGUCGAAGGCUCGGAUAUUCCCGAUGACGGCAAACUGAUCGGAUUCGCCCAGCUCAGCAUCAGCUAAGCCACAGCCUGGAAGCGGCGGCCUGAGGAGACCACACACGUGUCUGCUGCUUGUCUUGGCCUGAGCCUCCUACUGCCAAAGAACCCAGCGACGAAACUCCCAGCUAGGGGCUUUAGAGUUCUUCCUUUGCGUCCUUCCUGCCAUCGUUCCCCUCUCUCCCAGGGAAAGGCAAGUUGGGUCACCAGUGGCCGGCGCCCUCUCGGAGAGUUCCGUUAGUAACCCGCUGCCCGCGUCCCCACCGUCCCCCAUCUGAGAAGCGGCCCGCGUGCCUCCAGGCCCCGGGGGGAGGCCUGUCAGCUCAUUCUUGCCUUACUCCGGGGAGGCCCCGGUGGAGAGGAGCAGCCGGUUACACGUCCUCGCCCGUUCUGCCAGGAUGGCGGCGUCUUGGGCGUCUUGGGAUACCCCCUCACCACCCAAGUAGCAAUUACAAGGCGAUUGUUCAGCAAGAGCCCAGAGAACUAACUGUAGUGUUCCUCCUUCGUACCCGACGUGAAUUCUAGCAGCCUUCGUUAGGAAAAAGCACAGCCUCGGAUGGAGGCCGCCUAAACCGUGUUCUCGUUCUGUUUGUGGCGUUUCUAAGCGUUCCGCUGAAGCUGCUCUCAGGCACCCCCUUCCGCAGCGCUCCCUCCAGAAAGGGUUGCUAGCCUUAACUUCAGCUGGUGCAGAAUUCUGCCUGUGGUUGGACCCCAGCCAUCGGACCCCUCCGAGUGGAAACUUGGACCAUCGGAGGAGGAGACGUCGAGUAAUGGCUGGUGAAAGUGGAUUUUGCCAGAGUUGGUGUUUGAACAGGAAAAAAAAAAAAUCAUAACUCAUAUCAUUGGGGAAGUAUUUAUUUUCAGAUCUUAAAAAAUGGAAAGAAAAACUGCUUCUUGAUCCUCCCACGAAAAUCAGUUCGCCUGACCUCCGAGCCAUGACGAAAUGGUGUGCAAGGCUGAGAUUUCUACAGCAAUAAAGGAGGCUCGCGCUGGGCCAGAGGCCUGCCUUCUCCCCUCCUGCACUGACCCUCCGGAGGGGGUCCCUGCGCACUGACCUGACUCAAGAUGGAAAGUGAAACCACACGUGCCGUGACCUUUUAGGUUUUAUGAGUAGACAGUGUUCGUUUGAUUUUCUACGGAAUAAUAUAAAUUAUUGUUUAGGUUAAAAAAAGAGCACUCGUAAUCCAAUAUGUGAAUAAUCAGUGGGGUCGAUUUUUCUUUUUUCCUACUGUUUCACAGCCUUUGUCUAAUUACUAAUAAUGCUAUCACGUUUUGUACCUGAAUGGGAAACUCGAUCCGGCCUUAAAGAGACACACACACCCAGAUGGACCCUGGGCCCCCGAAAGGCAAGAGCUGCCUUUACAGCAUCACUCGAGCCCCGUCCCAGCCUCGUCUGUCUGAUGAAGAUCGCGACUGAAUCUGUCUCGGGACGUUUCUGAAAGCUGUCCCCACGACCGACUUGUUACACCUGUUUCGUUUAUCCCGAGCCUGUAGUUUUAGUCACGGGUUUGCUUCACCCAGUCUGGGUACAAAGGCAUGUGGGGAAGGCACAGAUUUGGGGAGGAAAAUAGGGGAUGGAUUGGGGAUGCAGCUGGAGGAGAGGAGAGGUCAGACACCAAAGGCCAAGGUCCCAGCAGGACCUUGAGCGGAGGGAGCCUGCUGAGCCAGCGGGGAGAGGAGAGACUGACCAGCUUGCCGCAAAAUACGCAGCUUUGCUUUGCUCUUUGCUUUGCUCUUUGCUUUGCUUUUUUCUUUUCUUUUUCCUUUCCUUCCUUUUUCUUUUCUUUGCUUUUUUCUUUUCUUUCUUUUCCUUUUGGCAGGGGUGGGUGGGCUGUGUAGUAGGGAAGCAAGGGAGGUGGGAACGAAGUCUAGCACCCUCUAACACAAGACUGAUGGCUGCUCAGAGUCUGUUCUUGUUUCGAACAAGCCCGGCCCGUCGUCUCCUUGUCCGCGCAUCCGAGGGGUGGUGGCAUCACACUGUCCUGGCUUCCUGUUUGGAGGUGGUGGGUGCCCAGACCAGGAGAGAGCAGCAGCCCACGCCCUGCUCACAUCCUCUAGUCUGCCUUUACCCUUCAGCUGCAGCAGAAGCAGGCCGGGGCCUUCUCUUUUCAGUUCGUCAUUGCCCUGCCGGGAAGGAGAGACACCAAGGCCCAGGGCCGGGUUGCUUCUCCUCCUGCACGCUGUGUGCGGACUCUGUGCUGGCUUGCGCGGCGAUGCUGAGAAAACAAGUGACCGGAACUGCCUGGUGGGAACCGUUCGGACCUAGUGAGCGACCUGCUCCGUUCCAGGAGGGCUGGUUCAGGUGCACCUCUGUCUCUAGGUCCCUGGGAUCCCCUGGUCCCCAGAGCAGGGACUAACUCUAGCACACAGUAACACGUGCCAAGGCUGUUUGUGAAACGUGUGGCCUCUCUAAGUGACUAAUGGAUUCAUUUGGGUUUUCUGCUUGUUUUGAACCAAAUCCUAGAGCCGGCUGAUAUUUAAUCAUCUGGAGGAUAGAAUGAUGGCGGAUCAGUAAGUGGAGCUUCCUCCAGGUGGACGUUAGAUGACGGAAGAUGUAAAAUAUUCAACUCCCCCCCCUUUUUUUUGGACUUUGUAUUUUACUGCAUGUUUCCUUCAUUUUUAAUCAAUAAAGAGUAAAUUGUC